AUGCACCGGCUUAUUGAGUUUUAUGCGCGUCUCCCUCGCGGCCCCCGUGUUGCGGAGUCGCCCAGUCACUGGCUUCUGCGAUAUAAAGCAAAAUAUUUUGACGGGCGGGGCAGUGGAAAGCCUCUUCUUCAUUAUGCAGGAAUUAUGCUGCUUUUUGGCUAUCUUAUGAGCUAUUAUUUCCAUCUGCUAUAUAUGCAUAGUAUAUAUAAUAUACGCAUGGCAUAUGCAGUAUAUACGUAUAGUGCGUCGUAUAUGUAUACGCAUGAUAUAUAUGGUCUAUAUGCAUAA